UGCUUUUGUUAAUUAGGCGAGGGAGGAGCAUACCUUAUGAGACCAUAGAGCGAGCCGUCAUCUCUUCCCUUCGUUCAUGGCUUCUUCUUCGACUUCGUCUUCAUCCGGCGUUCCUGCAGAGAGGAGGGGCAUUCCAGCUGCCUCUUUUGUUGAGGAUGUACAAACCUACCUCACCCAAUUGGGGUUCGAUGCGAAUUCGGCCCUUGCGUUUCUUCAAGAAAGACUUCAGCAGUACAGGAUAGUGGAAAUGAAACUUCUGGCACAACAGAGAGAUCUUCAGGCAAAAAUACCUGAUAUUGAGAAAUGCUUAGAUAUUGUUUCCACCAUACAAGCCAAGAAGGGUUCUGGUGAGAAAUUGAUAGCUGAUUUUGAAGUUUCGGAGGGGAUCUACUCCAGGGCUCGAAUUGAGGACAGUGGCUCUGUUUGCCUUUGGUUGGGAGCAAAUGUCAUGCUGGAAUAUUCUUGCGAAGAGGCUAAUGAACUCUUGAAGAAGAAUCUGGAAAAUGCCAAAGCCAGUUUAGAGGUCCUAAUUGCUGAUCUGCAGUUCCUAAGGGACCAAGUAACUGUAACUCAGGUUACAACUGCUCGGGUAUACAAUUGGGAUGUUCAUCAAAGAAGAAUCAAACAAGCGAGUUGAUCACAAAAAUCAAACAUGGCUUUUUUCUGCUGUAUGCAACUAUGAUUGUGGUGGAUUGUUCUUUUAUGCCUUUGAUGAUCCUACAUAUAUUGUUAGACUUGUUGUGAGAAAAAGCAGAAUUUUGACAAUUAUUGGGUAUCUAUAAUGUUUUUUUUUUUUUUUUUUCAGAAAAAACAGAUGACUAUUUUUUUAAUAGAUAUCUCACUGUGAUGAAAA